AUGUUUUUAAUUUGACUUUGUAGCUUGAAAUAUUUCCGUAAUAUGGAAAAAAUUUGUUACAUUUGUUUGCAUUCUAAUCUACAUACUGCUUUAGGAUUUUUUGCUAUUUUUUUGCUCAUUUUACUUAAAAAUUGGGAGCUAUGAAUAAGGGAAAUUUCAAUCUGACACCCCCUGCCUUCAGGAAAGUUAUUUACAAGGAAGUAAGCAAACGCCUGUGUUUGGUGCGAUACUGCUUCAAACUCGAUUUUCAACGCAAUAAUGCAAAAUUCUAAGGUGUAAAUGGUGUAUUUUGUGACAUUUAUGUUGCCAAGCACACAAUAUUGACCUGCCGAAGUAGACGCCGAAAAAGAGAAAUCAGAGGCGCGAAUUGUACCGCUUAGGCCAUUUAACCCGCUACUGAUCUCCUAAACAUCGUUCAAGAAUUUCCCAGGAAUGGCUGUUGUAAAAGCGAGAGUUACUUUUGAAUAUACUGCAACUGAAGAUGAUGAGCUGACAUUGAAUAUUGGAGAUGUAGUUACAAAUAUUCAACAACUGGAUGGAGGUUGGUGGGAGGGAGAACUCCAUGGCAAACAUGGUGUAUUUCCUGAAAAUUUUGUUGAAGUCAUAAAGGAAGAGCCAAUACCAUCACCAGAUAAAUCAACACCCUUGCUGCCAAAGGCAAGAGUUACUUUUGACUAUAAAGCUUCAGAAGAGGAUGAGCUUGACUUGGUUGAAGGUGAAAUUGUGGAAAUUCUAGAUCAAGAAGAGGAGGGAUGGUGGCAGGGUAUCUACAAAGGCAAAAAGGGAAUCUUUCCAUCAAACUUUGUGGAGAUGAUUCCUUUUGAAACUGAAGCUACUGAUGAGAAAUUAGUUGUCCUACAAAAUGAGGUAUUUGAUGCAGGCAGUGAUUUAAGAGUUCUGCUGGAUGACUCAAAGUCAUCAACAAAUGCUACAUCACACAGUGCCCUUGCAGAUGAAGGUGAUACAAAGAAGACAAAGCCAUCUGGAGGUAUGGGGUUUGCUAUAUCCAGUGCUGAUCUCUUUAAAGCAAAGUUAAGACCAGUUUCUAUGGUAGAUGGUGGCAAAAAAUCUGGGAGUAAAAAUGAAGAACCUAAGAAGCCAACACAAACAGUUACCCCACUUCCAAAAACUGCCCCCGAACUUAGUUCAAAGAACCGAGAUCCCCCAGAUGGUGGACAGACUAAAAGGAAUGCUCCUGCGCCUCCAAAAGAAGACGCUCUUUCGAAAGCUUCAGACGAGCGUUAUCGUGUUUUAUUUGAUUACGACCCCGAAAACAGCGAUGAAUUAGGACUUGAAAAAGAUGAUAUUGUUAUCGUGACAAAUAAAGAUGUUUGUGAUGGCUGGUGGGAAGGGACAUGCCAUGGCAAGAAAGGCGUUUUCCCAAAUAAUUUCGUCGAGCUUUGUCCACCAAAGACUGAAGAGAUUACAAAGCAGUUACCAAGGUUACCACUCGUGCCACCUGUCAGCAAAGCACCUGCUCUACCUGCGAGAGAAACGAAAGAAGAAGCAAAGGAAGCCUCUGAACCAACCCCAUCGCAACCACCGCUGGGAAGGAGACCUGUAUCAACUGAGCAAAAGAAACCAUUGUUACCGGAAGUAGCGAGACCCAUACCUCCUUCUGUAUCGGACCAAAAGAAACCGCUGGUCCCCGAGCCAGUCAGACACGUCCCUCAACCUGCCACUGAGCAGAAGAAGGAUCUCAAGACGGUUCCUCCUCCGGUAUCAACAGAGCCAAGAAAGCCAUCCUUGCCAGAAUCAGCCAGACCUGUUGUUCCAGAGCAAAAGAAACCGGACGUGAAGAAACCACCACCUCCUGUCACAAAGAACAAACCAGUGCCCCCGAGACCAACUGAAAAACCUUUAGGAGAAGAAAAUUCAUCAGGAAAUUCGAUAAAGAACAAAUUAAAUGCAACUUUAGGGGCCGGAAUUUCAAAAUUCCCGUCAGUUGGAAAGAAACCUGUACCGCAACCUAACGGAUUUGGUAGGACAUUCUCUCAAAGUCUUAAGAGAGCUGUUCCAAAGCCAACGCCAGAACCAGAGCAAAAGCCAACGCCAAAACCGGAACCAAAGCCAACGCCAGAACCGGAAUUAAAGCUAGUGCCCAGUAAACCUGAAGUGGAGGAGAGAUACGAUGAUGUCUCAAGUGAAAAAGAUAAGGAAGGUCAAGGAGUCGAUUGGGAAGCACCUUCAGUAACUCCUGUCUUGUCAAAUGUGAAUAAAAACAGAGUAAAGGGGCCAGGAAAAGCACUUCCUGCAAAAUAUACACAAAACAAGGAACAACAAAAUGGAGUUACAGAGCAGCCCCCUUGGAAAACAGAGCUCGCCCAAAAGGAAAAGUCAAAACCAACGCAGCUUGUGAAAGUCCCAACCCCAGAUUCGACUUCAGAAAGAGACAAGGCACCCUCUAAGGAGCAAGCAACGAAGCCCACUUAUGAUGAUGACGUCAUUGAGGGUAUGAAAAACCAAUUAAAUCAAGUAAUGGAUAAGAUGACAGGUAUGGAGAAAAAAUUGAUGAAGCAUAUAGAAGUUUUAACGAACGAUUUAGACGAAGAGAGAAAGCUUCGCGCGAACUUGCAGAUAGAGGUCGAUAGAUUAAAGAAGAAAGUAUCCGUUUUGCAAAACCAGUAGUCUAGCAUUGUUUUAUCUACAAUCGGUGCAUCUUGAUUCUUUAGAAAUUUUAUACCGGAUUUAAUCAAAAUUUGUAAAAGGCGUGCCCCAGCUCAAAUGCAGUAGGGUAUGCAACAUUCAAUCUUUUAAUCUGAAGUCAUCCCGUUUCAAGCACCAAACUAAAGCAGAAGAUUAAAUUUAAGGAACUGAUUUUCUUCAGAUCUUUUUAGCAAAAAUAUCGAUCCGAAACAUAAAUUCCUGUCCAUCACAUGGAACAGAAAAUAACAUUUUGUUUCAGUAAAUCUUAAAUGGCGUUAUAUCCCUGGCACGGAUUAUGUGUUGAAAUGUGGCUUGAUUGAGAAUGAUUACCAAAAUGCAAAGUGUUUUCAAGUAGAACGGGUGCUGGCUAGGUCCAGUCUCCGCUGCGUUUUUCCUAGAAGAACCAGUGGUUUAGUUUUAAACCGAGAACAAGUACAUUUGGAAUUUUUUCAUUCCAUCUCGAUCGAACAUUUACGAUCGAGUGCAGCAAGAACGUUACCUUUUAAUUUUUCCCUACCUUGUUUAAUUUUUCCCCAAAUUGCCUUCCUUACCUAACACAUAAAGCAACACAAGCCACUAUUAUAGAUGCUUAACACAUUGCACCGCAAACACUUUGCCGUCUAUGAAGGAUUUCCCCGCAUUUAUCUCGAAUCGCCUAGCCCCAGACGCGACCUGGAUUGCAACUGCUGUUCUUUGAGAGAUAUUUAUAAAGGAAGGAAGUUAGUCAUUAAUGUAGCUGUUGGAAUAUAGAGAGAAGGAGUCUGGAGGCAUAGCCCUCGGGGAAAAUAAAAGCUACUGGAAAAUGGGAUUACGCGCUUUUGAAUUUUUUGGAAUCAUGUAUUUUUUCGUCUUUAUGACGUCGUCACUUUUUCAAUUACGUCGAAAUCUAAUGUGAUGAAUCGGCCUAAACCCCUGCCCAUGUCAUUUUGUUAGCAGAUUUCGAGACAAGUAAAUAUUAUUGAUAAGUGGGAAUUCCAGGCCCUCGUUGCUCAAGAUUAUGGAAUAUUAUCAUCCUUUUCUUGUUUAUAUUAUACUUUAUUGCACUUUAAUAUCUCUUUGUUACAGAGACGUGGAUUAUGAAAAUUGUUCAUUAGAUUUUUGAUAAAUGGGUAGCAAUAUGGAGUUUAUCGGGUAGAUUGUUUUUAGCUAGUACUGAUUUAACAUUUUAUAUCUCGAUGACAAGAAAAUAAUUUGGAUUUUUGCGAGAAAUGAUUGUAAAAUAGGGAUAUAUUGUUAACUAAACAGACUUUUUAAUCGUUUUUAAUUACUAAAAUUAUAAGGUUGCCUUGUAUAAGCGUCAUAUUUAUAAA